GUUUGUCACUUUUCCACCACAAAUGAUUAUAUGGGAGGAUGUUGAUGAACGUAGCCGGAAUAUCCACGAACCAUUUAAUUAAUCAUUACUAUCGCCUAGUGGUCGGAUUCUAGAAGUAUAAAUUAAUGUGUUAACCAAGGAAAAUGAUAUUGAUAAUUUAUACAUGUUACCAAAUUAUAUACAAAUACCAUCAAUAUGUAUUUGCGCAAUUAUAAUAAUAAUUGGAAUCACUGGAAAUACUAUGGUACUUAUAAUCAUUAUGCGAGGAAAAGAUAUGAAUAACAGUACAAAUAUAUUUCUUCUUAAUUUAAGUAUUGCUGAUCUCUCUGUUUUAUUAUUAUGUACUCCAACUAUAUUAAUAGAAGUGAUAUCAGGACCACAAGUUUGGAUUUUGGGUGAAAGUAUUUGUAAAGUAGUGCCAUUUAUUGAAUCAACAGUUGCUAAUACAUCGGUAUUAACAAUCUUAGCUAUAAGUUUUGAACGAUAUUAUGCAAUAUGUCAACCAUUUCGAGCAAAUUACAUUUGUACAAGAUCUAGAGCAGUACUAAUUUGUAUGUUAUCUUGGUUUAUAGCUGGAUUAUUUACGAGUCCAUUUCUAUACAUGGUAACAUUUGAAGUUAAUUAUGAUGAAUUUGGAGUUUCAAAACCAACAUGUACAACAGAAGCUAGAACCAAAUGGAGCAUUGUAUACAUACUAUUUACCAUAGUGGUGUUUUUCAUAUUUCCAGUUAUAAUUCUUAUCAUAUUAUAUUCAAUUAUAGUAAAUGAACUUAUUCAGAGAUCACACAUGAUAAAUGAUGUUGCAAAGAAAUUGUUUAAAAACCGUUUUCAAAUUGUUAGAAUGCUGUGCACUGUAAUUUUUAUCUUUUUUAUUUGCUUGCUACCUCUACGUGCAAUGAUGAUGUGGGUUAUGUUUAGCCCGUUACAACAAAUAAUAGAAUUCGGCAUUGAAGGAUAUUUUUGUCUUUUGUAUUUUUCAAGAAUUAUGUUUUAUUUAAAUUCUGCCCUUAAUCCUAUUUUAUAUACCUUAAUGUCAACUAAAUUCAAAAGAAAUUUUUUACAUUUAUUGCAUUAAUUACUUUAAAUAA